UUUUGAACUAUCUAAAUCAUGUCAUCCUUCCUAAUGCCAUUCAAAGUCGUGCUCUUCCUCAUACUUGUCCUGCUUCACUCUUCCUCUGUUUUUGCUUCUUCAUCCUCCAUUGCUGCACUUACAAGAGGUAAAGAAGCGGAAACUCUUCUAAAAUGGAAAGCUAGCCUUGACAACAACACCCAAACUUUGCUCUCUUCUUUGUGGGUUGGAGACAGCCAUUGCAGGUGGGUUGGAAUUACCUGCGACAAGGCUGAAAGCAUCACCAAUCUAAGCCUUCCAGAUUAUGGGUUGAAAGGUACACUUCAUAGUCUUAACUUUCUUUUCUUCCCUAACCUGAUGAGGCUUAACCUUCGUAACAACUCACUGUAUGGGCCCAUUCCCUCGCACAUUGGGAACCUUUCCAAGCUCACCUUCCUUGAAUUGUCAUACAAUAACUUUUCGGGGAAUAUUCCAUCCGAAAUUUGUUUAUUGGAAGGUCUUGAGUUGAUUUCCUUAGCAAGUAAUGAGAUCAGUGGUUCCAUUCCAUUAGAGAUGGGGAGGCUGAGUUCAGUUUCCGAGAUUUAUUUCUUUGACAACUAUCUACGUGGUUCUAUCCCUGCUUCCAUAGGAAACUUGACCUACUUAUCUGUUCUCUACCUCUAUCAAAACAUGUUUUUUGGAUCGAUGCCUCAAGAGAUAGGGAUGUUUAAAUCUCUCACUGUUUUUGAUUUGAGUCAAAAUAAUUUCUCUGGUUCAAUCCCUGCUUCUAUAGGAAACUUGACCAGCUUAUCCAUUCUCUACCUUCAUCAAAAUAUGUUUUUUGGGUCAAUACCUAAAGAGAUUGGGAUGCUUAUAUCUCUCACUGAAUUUUCGUUGAAUCAGAAUAAUUUCUCUGGUUCAAUCCCUGCUUCCAUAGGAAACUUGACCAACUUAUCUCUUCUCUACCUCUACCAAAAUAUGUUUUCUGGAUCGAUACCUCAAGAGAUAGGGAUGCUUAAAUCUCUCACUGACUUUGAGUUGGGUCAAAAUAAUUUCUCUGGUUCAAUCCCUGCUUCCAUUGGAAACUUGACCAGUCUAUCCACUCUCCACCUUUAUCAAAAUAUGUUUUCUGGGUCAAUACCUCAAGAGAUAGGGAUGCUUAAGUCUCUCACGCACUUUGCGUUGAAUCAAAAUAAUUUCUCUGGUUCAAUCCCAGCUUCCAUUGGAAGCAUGUCGAAGCUUGUGAUGAUAUAUCUUCACUAUAAUCAUUUAUCAGGGCCAAUUCCUUCAACGCUCGGCAAUCUUACUCAUUUGCAAUCAUUACAAUUAGGAGAUAACCAUCUCAGUGGUCCAUUACCCAAAAAUUUAUGCAAGGGUGGACAACUCGUAGGGCUGACGGCUUUCAACAACAAUUUGACGGGUCAUAUCCCACCAACUUUGAAAACUUGCAAAAGUUUAUACAGAGUUAGGCUUGAAGGAAACAACUUUACAGGAAAUAUAUCAGAAGCUUUUGCUGUGUAUCCGAAUUUGAAUUACAUUUCAUUAAGCAACAACAGAUUUUAUGGUGAACUUUCUCCAAAAUGGGGGCAAUGUCAUAAUCUUACAAGCCUACAAAUCUCCAAUAACAACAUUUCUGGAAAGAUCCCACUCGAGUUGCAACAUGCGACUCAGUUACAGGAACUCGAUCUUUCUUCAAAUCAUCUUGUUGGUGAGAUUCCCAAGGAAUUAGGAGCAUUGAUAUUGAUGUUCCGUCUUCUGCUAAGUGGUAAUCAACUUUCAGGCAAAAUUCCACCAGAGAUUGGAGUUCUUUCAAAUCUACAACAUCUUAACUUGGCAUCAAACAAUUUGAGUGGACCGAUUCCUAAUCAACUUGGAGACUGCUCAAAGUUAUUGGACCUGAAUUUGAGCAAGAAUAAACUUGGAGAAAGCAUUCCUUUUUCAAUAAGCUUCAUAUAUGGUCUUCAAAUUCUAGAUUUGAGUCAUAAUUUGAUUAUUGGAGCGAUACCACAACAGCUUGGGGAAUUACACUCUUUGGAAAUAUUGGAUCUUUCUCACAAUAUGCUCAAUGGUUCCAUCCCAAUUUCUUUCAAUGAUUUGCAAAGCUUGACUGUUGUGAAUAUCUCUUAUAAUCAAUUAGAAGGCCCUAUUCCCAACAUUAAGGCAUUCCAUGAGGCUUCAUUUGAUUCCUUAAGACACAAUAGGGGCCUAUGUGGUAAUGCCACUGGACUAAUGCCUUGUGUUGUCUUUCAUCGAAAAAGCAUCAAAGUCAUCAUUUUCAUUGUGCUUCCACUCUUUGGUCUUCUUCUUUUGCUCUUUAUCAUGGUUGGAAGUUUCCUUAUUUUUUGCCAAAAGAAACGAACCAGAAAAUCUGAGUCAAUGCAGGCCCAACUUGGAGAUAUUUUCACAGUAUGGGGAUAUAAUGGAAGAAUACUCUAUGAGAACAUUAUUGAAGCCACUGAAGAUUUCAGCUCCAAUAAUUGCAUUGGUUCAGGAGGCUAUGGAGCUGUUUAUAAAGCUGUGCUACCCAUUGGUGAGGUGGUUGCUGUGAAGAAACUUCACCAAUCCGAAGAUAGCAUGAUUUCCAACAACUUGAAAGCCUUUGAAAGUGAGAUUCAUGCUUUAUCAGAAAUAAGGCAUCGUAACAUUGUGAAGCUGUAUGGCUUUUGUUCACAUCCAAAGAACUCAUUUUUGGUUUAUGAGUUAGUAGAAAGGGGAAGUUUGAGAAUGGUGUUAAGCAACAAGGACGAGGCAAUGGAGUUGGAUUGGGAGAAGAGGCUAAAUGUUGUAAAAGGAGGAGUGGCCAAUGCCUUGUCUUAUAUGCAUCAUGACCAUUCGCCACCUAUAAUUCAUCGAGACAUUUCCAGCAACAAUGUUCUUCUGGAUUUGGACUAUGAGGCUCAUGUUUCAGAUUUUGGCAUAGCCAGGCUUUUAAAGCCCGACUCUUCCAAUUGGACCUCACUUGCUGGCACUUUUGGGUACAUAGCUCCAGAGUUGGCUUAUACAAUGAAAGUGGACGAGAAAUGUGAUGUUUAUAGUUUUGGGGUGCUAACAAUGGAAAUACUUAUGGGGAGGUAUCCUGGUGAUUUGAUUUCAUGUUUGCCAUCAUUGCCAUGGGCACCGGCAUCAACAUCAACAUCGAUACUAAAUGACAACCAACUGAUUUUACUUAAAGAUGUGAUAGACCAACGCCUUUCACCACCGGUAAGGCAAGUUGCAAAAGAUGUUGCCUCUACUACAAAGCUAGCAUUUGCAUGCUUGAAUGGUAGUCCCCAACUCCGACCAACCAUGCGACAAGUUGCUCAAGCCCUUACCCAUCAAUCGCUUCCAUUGCCCAAUCCUUUUUCAAUCUUAAAAUUGGGAGAAUUGUGGGAUCAUGAAGUCUGCAGUGGCUAAUAUUAAGGUGCUAACAAUUCGAAUAAUAAUUCUAAGCAGGUGUAUUUGCUUCCAAUCUAUUUCUUUUUCUCUUCUUUGUAUUGAAAUGUUUGAGCACUCUAGUAAUAAAGAUUUUGUAGUGAAUUUGGUUGUGAUAUAGAACAGUUGUGUUUAAGCACUCAAUCUGUAUGUUCAAAAUUUUUUAUUUUUGAAAUGUAACUAAUGGCCAGACUAAGAAUUUCGACUUUCAGUAUCAAUUGUAAUAUUCUACAAUAGUAUCGAUUUGCUACAAUACUUUUGCUUUGAAAUGCUACAACAAUUCUAAUAUCAAUUUUUUAUUUGUUUGAACAAACAAAGAAUACAGUUGGUGAGCACACCAAAUUACAAUAAACACAACUUCACACAAUAACCUUUUGAUUUUACUAUUUACUCGCCAAUUAUUCUUAUACACACAUACACAUUAUCUUUCACAACUUCAUCUUUCUAGCCUUUCACCAUUCAUUGCUUGUUAAAUCAUUCAAAAUUUAAUUGUAGUCAUAUUGAGUAUAAUUGAAACGGAUUUGACUGAUGAUUUUGAAAUAUAUACCUUUAACU